GUAUCACGAACGAGUAUGCUGCAGAUAAAACCUGCUGUUCAACACGAAGUCGGACCUUCGAUGGUUUUCUAUAAAAGAGGAGGCAACGAAACGACAUCGAAACAAACGUACGAAAUGUUUCGUUCAUCCUUCCUCGUCUCUCUGUUCCUCGUCGGACUCGUUUUUUCGACGAUCGUUUCGGCGAUCGACGUUUCAAAAACGAAGAAAACGGAUAUCAGCUUGAACGAAAACGACGUUGUGCCGAAAACUCAACUGAAACAAUUAGUACCAUCAGCUGAUCGUUCAACGACGUUCGUCGGAGAUGUUUCUGCAGGUGGUAGAUAUCCAAACGAAGUUGUCUACAGGAGAAUUCUACAAUUCGAUAAUCCAACAGGAGGAAUCCAUAGUUUUUCGAUGACUUUGAGCGUACCGAAUGGUAUUAUCAACUACGUGAAUAUCAUGAAUAAUCAGGGCAGCUAUGCAGUUGCCUGCAUCGACGAAUCAACACUCGAAUCAUCCAAAGUCAUCGUACAUUAUCGCAUACCAGCCAGCAGUACUUCGUAUUUGAUGCUCAUAGUCGCGGCUCAUUAAAACUUUUAAUUAAAUUGAUUUA